AUGUCUUCUACCACUGCCAUUCACCACCAACCAUCAGCUUCGUCCGGUUCUGGUGGGAGAAAUCCCAACCGGGGUGGUGACGACAAUCGCCGUCCUCCUUAUGGUGGCAAGAAAGCAGCUCGCACUGAGGAGGUACGGUGCAAGCUCUGCCAGCGGCGCGGGCACAGGGAGGGGGAUUGCCCCUCACGUGCCGGGCCCAGAAACGCCCAGAACUCCACCGCGCAGGGGAACCGACCCCCCCAGCGGCGGCCUCGGAAGGAGGGCCCGAAUGCCCGGGACCGCCGCCGCGAGCGGCGCUCGCAGCAGCAACAGCAACAGCAGCAAUUACAAGCAGAGAAUGAGCAGCUACGGGAGGUGGCCCGGCAGCUCUACUUGGAGCUGCUGGAUGUCCGCCUCCAGCAAAGCCAGCGGCAAAUCGAGGAGAAUGAGGAUGAAGAAGACUAUCCAUGA